AUGUCUUCGAACAAUCAUGAUAUUAUCGUGGAUACGACCCCAACAGAACUGGAAAUGGCACCAAUUCCUUACACUAAUGCAACCUUCACACCAACUGCCAUGAAGCAAGACGAUCCAUACCUCGUCGGCUUCGCGGUUCCAUACGAUGCCGACAAUCCUCUAGACUGGUCAACAGGUCGAAAGUGGGCGGUGACCGAUGUCCUCUCAGCCACUGGCUUCAACCGUAUCAUGGUUUCUACAAUCAUGGCACCAGCUCUGUCCACCAUCGCCAAAGACUUGGACAUGAUACCGGCUGAGUCGGCCAUGGCUCUAUCAAUUUACCUCCUCGCGACAGCAUUCGGUCCACUCCUCAUCGGGCCUCUGUCCGAAGUCUACGGUCGCGAGAUCGUCUUACAUGCUUCCGGUCUCUGGUUCCUCGUCUGGAACAUUGCAUGUGGCUUCGCCAAUUCGAAGGGGCUACUCAUUGGUGCUCGAUUCCUAGCUGGAUUCGGCGCCAGUUCCAUCUAUGCCCUCGCUGGAGGUGUAUUAAGCGAUGUCUGGCGACCAGGACAGCGCGGUCGAUCAUUAAGUAUCUACCUACUCAUUCCACUCCUCGGAGCUUGCGUAGGUCCCAUCAUCGGUGGAUUCAUGGCGGAGCCAACGACUUGGAGAUGGAUGUUCUGGACUACGUCUAUCUUCCAAGCCGUCAUGAUGAUUGCCACGAUCGGGACUUUCAAAGAGACGUACGGGCCUCUGAUCCUCCAUCGUCGAGCCGAGAAGCUACGUCGUGAGACUGGGGACCUGCGAUACUACACCGAGCAUGAGGAUCUUGAGCGCGGGAAAACACUGCUGUCGACUCUUGGCCGAGCGUUCUCACGUCCGCUGAGGCUUCUGGCUUUUCAUCCUGUUAUCCAGAUCACAGCAAUUCUUGAAGGCUUCAACUAUGGUCUCCUCUACAUCGUCCUAUCCACCUUCUCAAACUUAUGGAUCGAGCACUAUGGCCAGUCAGUAGAAAUAAGUGGGCUGCACUACAUCGCUAUUUCUCUCGGUGAGGUUGCGGGAUCGCAGAUUUGUGGCUUCUUCGUCGACUUUCUCUAUCGUCGUCGAAAGGCUCGCAAUCCCAGUUGUGUUGAAACACCAGAGUUACGGCUGCCAAUCAUGGUCCCAGGUCUCAUCAUCGGCUUUCUCUUUCUGCUAUUCUACGGAUGGACCGCUGAGAACAGAGUCUACUGGGUGGCGGUUGAUGUCGCGAUAUUCCUUUCUCUGAUGGGCGUACAGUGCGUCGGCAUGGUCAGCACUGCGUAUAUCAUCGACUCGUAUUCUGGCCAUACGUCGUCCGCGAUGGCUGCCACGAGAUUCCUCCAAUCGAUGUGUGCAUUUCUGUUCCCGCUGUUCUCGCCGCGGAUGUAUGCGGUGCUUGGGUAUGGAUGGGCAAACACCACGCUGUGUUUUAUUGGGUUAGUGAUCGGACUGCCGUAUCCGUGGGUUCUGUGGAAGUAUGGUGCGAAGUUGAGAGCGAAAGCUGCUUCCAGUUACUGA